UUAACUGAUAACCUAUUACAUCAAAACGUGAAUAUUAUCACCGAGACGUUAUCAAACUCGUCCGAAACUGAUUUGUUUUAACAAAAUUGAUUAUUUUUAAAUGUGGCCUUGAACGGAUUCGAGUGGAUAGCGCUUUUCGCCUGACUUUACUGAAUUACAGAUUAUUACUACGACUACUAAUCUGUGAUCAGAUACCUUCCCACAAAGUCGGUCGGAAACACAUCGGCAGAAAAAUGGUAAAAGUACCAAGCGUUGAAUUUAGCAACGGCCGCAAAAUUCCUGUGUUCGGUUUGGGAACUUGGAAGUCAAAACCUGGUGAAGUCACACAAGCCGUUAAAGAUGCCAUUGAUGCCGGAUAUCGCCACAUCGAUUGCGCUCACUAUUACGAAAAUGAAGCCGAAGUAGGGGCUGCGAUCAGAGAAAAAAUUGCUAGCGGGGUCGUGAAGAGAGAGGAACUUUUCAUUACAAGCAAACUGUGGAGUACCUUUUUGAGGCCUGACCUCGUGGAACCCACGCUUAAGUUGAGUUUGAAGAAUUUGGGGCUCGAUUACUUGGAUCUGUACCUGAUUCACUGGCCAUGCGCGUUGAAAGAAGGAGGAGCAUUUUUACCAAAAAGACCCGAUCACGACGUUUUGUCUGAAUUCAGUGACGUCGAUUACAUCGACACCUGGAAAGUGAUGGAACAAGUAGCCAAGAAGGGAUUGACAAAAUCGAUCGGAGUUUCUAAUUUUAACAAGAGACAACUCGAAAGGAUUCUUGAAAUUGCAGAAAUACCCCCAGUUAACAAUCAGAUCGAAUGCCAUCCUUACUUGAACCAGAAGAAGCUAAUCGCCUUCUGCAAGUCCAAAGGCAUCACAGUAACAGCUUACAGUCCAUUGGGAUCCCCAGACAGACCCUGGGCUAAGCCCACCGACCCCAUCCUGACGGAAGACCACAAGAUAAAGGCUUUGGCUGCCAAAUACAAGAAAUCGAGUGCCCAAGUGAUUCUGAGGUAUCUGAUCCAAUCGGGGGUGAUAGUAAUUCCGAAGUCGGUCAAUAAAAAGAGAAUUGCUGAAAACAUACAAAUAUUCGAUUUUGAGCUGUCUGCUGAUGAUAUGGCAGUGAUGGAUACUUUCGACUGUAACGGAAGAGUCUGUUGGUUUGUGGAGGCUGUUGGACAUCCACACUACCCAUUCAAUGAUGAAUACUGAGGUCCAGAUAGCUAUCCUUAAGAGUUUGGAUGUGUUAAGUUUGUUAAAGUUCAUUAUUCAAGAUCAAUAAAACGUAUCAUCCACUUUUA